GUUGCUAAAUGUUGUCAUUCCUGCCGCACACAACACAGUGACAAUAAUGGAGCUGGUAUGGGAGGAUCCCCCAGUUCCUGAAGCUCCAUUCUUUACCAGAGAUCACUAUGACAAAUACUCUCUUGCACCUACUGUUAGAGAGUUGUGGACCUUUCUCCAAAGCCCUGUAGAGAAUGCCAGCAUAAUACAAGAUCGUGACGCUGGGGCUGCAAAAGCCUCCUGCAUUCCUACCACAGAAGAAGCUGCAGAAUUUAAAGAUGACAGCUGCAUCAGCAAGGAAGAGCCCUGUUGGGACAGCCAUGAUAGUGAUGGUUUAUUUUCAGACAAUGCUGCAGAAGGUGCAGAAGACUGUAAGGAUCCCAAAAACACAAACGUUAAGUUAAAGCAGUCCAAGAAUGAGGCAGAUGCUGCAUAUCCUGAACCCAGGCUGCCCUUCCCGUGUAUGUCAAGCCUGUCCAGCCAAGAGCAGAAGAUGUAUCUUGGCAUUUUGAUGAGUAAGAAAAAUAGGAAUCCUCCAGAGAGCUUACAGGCACGAGUAAACAAUGAAGUAAUGCAGUUCAUGAGAUACUUGCAAGAUGUGUCCAGAAUAUGUGCUGACGACUACAACUUCAUAUCACAAGGAGCUGUGCAAUACUCAGAGGAUUUCUUCAAGUGCUGUUUGGAAUGCAUUAAGACAUUUCCUCAGCUAUACCAGAUCCAUGAGCUGACCAGUUUGACAGGGGGAACAUUCAACCCAGGGCUCACUCUGACCUUUGAAAAACAGCUAAUAAUCAUGGGCAAUGUGGAUAUUACCGACCACAAGAUGGUGCCUGCUGAUGCGCAGCUUGCAUCGGAUUAUCAGAGUGUUUCAUCAGAGAAUCCUCCAGCUAAAAAAGCUAAGGACAUGCACGCUACAAUCAGCAGUGAUAGUAAUGCAGAGAAGUUGUGUGCCCGUUAUGAACCUCAUGUGUGCCUGACGCGAGAUGCCCUGGUCAGACUGCUAGACAACCAUGGCCCUGACUUUGGGGAGCAGUGGGAACUGCCUAUUUGGGUCAAAUUAAGCCCUGGAAAAGGCAGUUGUCAGAAAAAGACUGUCUACAUAGACUCACCCCUGCUGAAAACUGAAAUGACAGUGAGAGAGAGCAGUCAUAUCUUCUGUGAGGAGAGUUUGAAGCUUUCCAUUAAGAAAAAUGGUAGUACAAAUGUAUUCCAUUUAAUGACAGAGCUUCCCGAGAAUGAGCUGCUACUCUCACCGGAGAACUCGCAGAGAAAUUGUGUGUCUUUUGAAAACAAUGGUCUUGACUUUGAGGUGGACCUCACUGACCUGGAGACAUUUGGAGAGACAGCACCCCUUAAAAUUUCCAAGGUGCAGAAGAUGCAGAAUGAGAAGGAUACAUGUGUUAAAACUGAAAAAGCUACAGGGUCAUCACCUUUAAGUAAGACUAAAAGGUCCAGUGAGCAUCUUGUAAAUGCCAGCAGUAGUUCACAAGAGAUGGGUGCCUCAUUGACAGAUAAUGAUUUUCCCAUAACUCAGCCGGUUGUGAAAGAGGCAAGUGUAGCAAUGACUGAACAACUGAGGCAAGACUCUGCACAAGAAAGUGACGAAGACCAAACAUUUGCUGCAGACUCAGAUGAUGAGAGGUUGGUCAUUGAUGACUCUUUGCCUCCAGCUGCCACACCCACAAAACAAUGUAAGCCUCAGCCCACACCCUGCUCUACAGACCCUCCUCUUACCCGUGCAUCUGUAAAUUCAGCGUCAUCUUCCCCUCAAAAAGUUACAAGGCAGCGCCAAUCCAAAAGAGCAAAGGUAGCUGGCGACCAACUGAGUGAAAUCCUGCAAAUGCAGACAGCCAUGUUCAACUCUGCCAAUGGAUCAUCCAAAUGCUUAACCACACCCAUGGAGACCAACUCACCAACCAAAGUCACAGGACCCUCACUUCACUCCCAUCCAACAUCCUUGGUUAAGCCUUGUGUGUCCUCAUAUUUAGAGAGAAACCAGAGCCAGGAUGGAGAGACCUGUGUUGCUCCUCUUCAUGGAUCUGCACCAGUGGUUCAUACUACAGAGCAAAAAAAAAUACUAACACAGGACUUGCAGGCUGGUGCAGAAGAUGAACAAGACUAUGAGGCUCCAGAGAAAGGCAACCUGCUCUACAAGAUCUACAGUCUGCAAGAUCUGCUGCUUAUGGUGCGCAGCUCUGUCUCAUUGACCCAUACCAGAAGAGCAGGCAGCAGCAAGAACCAGUAUGUACCAGUGCAUGUUUUGCCCAAGCUGGAGUACCAGUUGAGUUACGGUGUUGAAUGUCUAAGCAGUACUGAAGCUUGCCAGCUGUGGACAGAGACGGUGCUCCACUCCAGUACUGUUUCAUACAUAGCUCACAUCAAUGCACACACUUCAAAAGUAGCUCAGCUAAGAAAGCUGCCUGACGACUGGAAACAGAACAUCUCCUGUGGGUUCAAGCCGUCUAAGUCACUGAACAUACUGCACCACCUCCUGAAAAAGCUAGUUGGGUUAGAAGAAGGACAAUACCUGAUGGCGCACAAAGCGGGGGAACCAUUUGUCACCUUAUUUAAAACUGCUAAUGGGAAAGUGAGUCGGGGGUUAUACAACCUGCAGCAGGUCCACAGCACUGUACCUCAGCCCCCAGCCUCUGGCCUUGUGCCCUGGAUACCUGUUGAUCCAGCUGUGGUCCUGCCCUUCCACCAGAAACACAGCCGUGUCCCCUGCACCUUCCCACCAAGACCCUUCCUAAAGACACCAAAAGAUGGAACAUCACAGUCUAAUAACCAUGGAGCCAGGCAGUCAAAUAACAACUUGGAUGCAGGUGGCAAGAAGAAGAAAAAAGGAAAGAAGCGUUCAGCCAAGCGUAAAAAGUAUAUUAAGAAGCUUGUUCAGAAGUCUAUUUAAAAUAAUAUAUCAUACCAUUUAUCCAUCAUGAUGUCAUUACAUCAUAUCAUAGGUUAGGUAAGUCAGAAGAGGAGCUG